CAAAAGCAGGGCCACUAUACAAUGGCCUCGCUUUGCAGAAUCAUUUGUUUCCUUCAACUAUUGCUCGUUUUAGGGUAUGCAGAAAAACCUUAUAAUGACCCUCUUGGGUUAACUGAUUUUAAUGGAAAAUGGGAGCUGGUAUCUGAAAACUCCGGCGUCUCAGCCAUGCAUGCUAUCUUGCUUCCGAAACUCAACAAGGUUUUGAUGUAUGAUGCUACUGUUUGGAGAAUAUCAAAGAUUCCAUUGCCUCCUGAGAAAAUGCCUUGUCGUAUUGCAAAUGAGGCCACCGGCGAACUAGACUGCUGGUGCCAUUCAGUCUUGUUCGAUUAUCAAACAUCAAACUUGACAGCACUCAAGAUUGAGCACGACACAUGGUGCUCCUCAGGAGGCCUCACAGUGGACGGAAACUUGGUUAGCACUGGAGGCAAUGGAAAAGGAGCCAACACUGUCAGGUAUCUCUCCACCUGUGAAAAUUGUGAUUGGAGAGAAUACCCAGUUUCACUUGCGGAUCCUAGAUGGUAUUCAACUCAAGUAACCUUGCCUGAUGGUGGGUUCAUGGUGUUUGGAGGGCGUGGCGCAUUUACUUAUGAAUAUAUUCCACCAGAAGGACAAACCAAUAAGAUGGCCACCUUCCUCCCAUUGCUUCAACAAACUAACGAUCAAUUAAAUGUUCAACCGCCGUUUAUCCUGGAGAAUAAUUUAUACCCUUUUGUCCACCUUUCCCCCGAUGGAAAUCUCUUCAUUUUCUCCAACAAUCGUUCAAUAUUGCUAGACCCUAAAACGAACAAAGUUGUUCGAGAGUUCCCAGUUCUCCCCGGUGGCUCCCGAAAUUACCCAGCAUCAGGAAUGUCUGUUCUUCUUCCAUUAAGACUUAAACUUGGCAAAUCGAAGCAAAUCAAUGCUGAAGUCUUAGUUUGUGGCGGUGCAGCUUGGGAUUCAUUUUAUUAUGCAGAGACUCAGAAGAAAUUCUUGCCUGCAUUAGAUGAUUGCGGAAGAAUACAAAUCACAAAGCCCAAUUCAAUUUGGAAGGUGGAAAAAAUGCCAUCACCACGUGUGAUGGGCGACAUGAUGAUUCUUCCAAACGCAGAUGUGAUAAUUCUUAAUGGUGCAAAAACUGGUACUUCAGCUUGGAAUGAUGCAGAGGACCCCAAUUUGAAUCCAGUUUUAUACAUGCCUAAAGGAUUAAGAGGCCUAAGAUUUAAAGAGCUAGCCCCUUCAACCAUUCCAAGAAUGUACCAUUCAUCAGCAGUGAUGUUGCCUGAUGGAAAAGUUCUUGUAGCCGGCAGCAACACUCACGAUGGUUAUGAUUUUACUGCCAAGUACCCAACGGAGCUUAGGGUUGAGAAAUUCUCCCCACCAUACUUGGCUUCAGCAUUAGCCGGACUAAGGCCAGAAAUAUUGGAAGAGCAAUCAGAGAAGGUCUUAAGCUACGACAAACAAUUCACCAUCAAGAUUAGGUCGAAUGAGCCUGUGCUAAUCAAAGAUGAAGUUAAAGUUACAAUGUAUGCACCAGCUUUCACAACGCACGGUAUCUCUAUGAAUCAAAGGCUGCUUAUUUUGGGCUUGUUGGAUGUGGUUAGCGAUGGCUUGACGCCAAAUGUUCAUAAUGUUAUAGCUAAAGCACCUAUGUCUGGUGCAGUUGCUCCUCCGGGGUACUACCUUCUUUCUGUUGUUUAUAAGGGAGUUCCAAGCGCCGCCAUUUGGGUUCAGAUCAAGUAGAUUCCUGUACUUGCUGGUGUAAUUAUGCAAAUGUAAUCAUAAAAGAAAAAUAAUAAAAGAAAAAAAACUUAUAAUAAA